AUGUCUGACGAUAAGAAAGCAGCUGCAGCAGCAGGAUCUAAGUUUAAGAUAGAUUUCAAUCAAGAGAAAUUACUUAAAACUGUUCAAUCUUUACAAUUUGCUUGGUUUGUAGGUAAUGUACUUACAUUAUUGGGUUUUUUCAUAUACACUUUAUCAUAUUUCAAAGUUUUACCAGAUUUAGGAUGGAUUUGGUAUUUAGUUUCUUUACUUGGUGCCAUUAUUUCAUUUGGUAUUUUACUUGUUCAAUUUGUUCAAAAACAUGGAUUCAAAGUUCCACUUUUAAUUAAAGAUGAUAAUUUCCAUUAUUUCUUAUUGGCUUCAUUUUUAAUUGCUUUAAGAUGUUAUUCUUGGAUUACUUUGGUUCCUUUUGUUAUCUUUUCAACUUUCCAUGUUUUAAAUUAUGCUAACACUCAUUUGUUGCCAAUUGCUGGUUUGGAACAUAACCCAGUUUCUAAACAUAUCACUGCAUUUAUCAACAAAAAUAAUCUUGCUUCAAUUCAAAUUGCUUGUGGUAUUGAAUUGUUGAUUCUUAUUUGGUUAUUCCUUAGAAUGAUUACUUUUAGAAAGAGAUCAUUGACUCCAUUUUUGGUUUUCCUUAUCUUCUUGAAGAAAAGAAGUGAAGUUUCUCCAUUUACUAGAAAAUAUUUUGAACAUAUUGGUGCUCAAAUUGGUUCUGUUGUUUCAACAAUUAAUAACCCAGUUGCUACUCAAGUUUGGGGUCACGUUCAAACCGCUUUUAGAACAAUUGAUCUGUUCAAAUUGGUUCAUGAUCGUACCAAAGAUGAUGACAAGGCCAAAUGA